CAGAAUUGACUUCUGCCUGGUUUCCUUUGCAGCAUCAAUAUCCGGCAAAAAAAGAAACGUUCUCGUCCAUAUACAAUAUCCAGGAAACUGUGAAGCCUUAGCACUCAACAUCUAAAGAAAAGAACAAGCAUCUUCCCCGCCAAAAUGAUGAAGCUUACUGUCGCCUUCCUCGCCUCGCUGGCUGCCGCCGAUGCUGCCCAGGCUCGUGGUUCUCGCCAUGCUCGUCGCGCCAACUACGGUGAUGGCUACCAGGUCGGCCCCGUCUCCUCUGCCGUCGUGAGCAGCUCUGCUCUCCCUGCCUCUCCUCCCGUUGCCUCAGCUCCUGCUGCCUCCAUCCCCGGCAACGGCUACGGCACUGGCAACACUCCCUCCGCCCCGGCCUCCAGCGCCAUCGUUGCGACUCCCUCUCCCUCCACUGAGGCAUCGCCCGAGCUCCCCCCCAGCAGCGCCCCGGCCCCUUCUGCGCCUGCUGUCUCUGCUCCCGGCGGUGGCUACGGCACUCCCGAGACUCCCUCCAGCCCCGCUGCUGAGGUCCCCUCGUCGAGCGCCCCGGCCGUUGUCCCUUCGCCCAGUGCUCCGGUUGCCAGCCCCUCCAGCGAGGCUUCGCCUGAGCUGCCUUCCAGCAGCGCCCCNGCUCCAUCGGCGCCUGCAGUCUCUGUUCCCGGAGGUGGCUACGGCACUCCCGGGAAGCCUUCCAGCCCUGCUGCUUCGUCCAGCCCUGCUGUGACUCCCUCUAGCGAGGCUUCUCCCGAGCUCCCCUCCAGCUCCUCUGUAGCCAUCCCCUCCUUCCCCGGAACUGGCAGCCUCCCGGCGCCUUCGUUCCCUGGAACUGGCUCGGCUCCGGCUGCGUCAAUCCCCACUGGCGGCUACCAGGUCCCCAGCUUCCCGGCCAGCGGUGUCUCGACUCCUGCCACCUCGGCCGCAGCUCAGACUCCUGGCGUGUCCUUCCCCGGAACUGGUACUGCUCCUAUCCCCACCAUCCCCGGAACUGGUGCUCCCAGCUUCCCCACCAGCGGCUUCUCUUUCCCCGUGACUGAUGUUGCCAACUCCACUGGUGUUCCGGAGUACAUCACCUCGGUCAUCUACACCACCCAGAUCUUCACCUCGACUGGCUGCCCCCAGACCGUCACUGACUGCCCUGCCUCGUCGACCAUCCUGAUCACCAGCACCAUCCCGCUCACGACCACCGUCUGCGAGAAGACCGCCACUCCCGCCUCUGUCACUCCUGAGGCUUCCACCGCUGCGCCCGUUGGCUCUGCUCCCGGCUCCAGCUAUGGCACUGGCGAGACCCCCUCGGCUGUCACUGAGGCUGUCAGCACCCCCGUGACCGAGAAGGUCCACGUCUCCACCGAGACCCUCGUCUACACCGUCGGCACUGGCUCGUCUGCCCACGCUGUCACCACCGAGGUCGCCACCACCUCCACCGAGACCAUCUACAAGACCAUCUACAUCACCAAGCCUGCCGCGGAGACUCCUGUCGCUUCCGUCUCCAAGGAGGGCGUUAGCUCCGAGGCUGCUCCUACUGGCGAGGCCACCACCUACACUACCCUCGAGUCUACCUCCACCACCACCAAGCUCGUGACCGUCUACCCCUCUGCCUCUGCUCCUGCCGCCAACGUUCCCGGAAACGGCUAUGGCACUGGCUCCAACCAAUUGCCCCGGUCCCCUCGUCCGCCACCACUCCUCUCCCCAGCUUCGUUCUCCCCACCGAGAGCUCAGCUGUCCCUGAGACGAGCGCUGCUCCCGUUGGCGGCGAGAGCUCCUCCGCUGCUGCCUCCACCCCUACCCCGGCUCCUCCGGCCGGCGGGUAUGGCAACGGCUACAGCACCGGCGGCAGCCACAAGCGCUUCUUCGGCAUCUUCUAAGCGGCUUGUUUGAUAUAGAACGGUCACGAACUUUCACUUCUGUACACAUUUUGUGAAGCAGCCUGUGGCUCUUGCACAUGGCAUCUAUUUAUCGCAUAGGCCGUGUGGCCUCGUUAUUUCCUUGUGUCUGGGUCUGGGGUGAUUUGAGCUGGCUCGGGCAAAAAUGUGGUAGGGAAAGACUAGUACGAUAGGAGUGUCAAUUGACUGUCUUUUUUCUCCAUGUCAUCACUUUCCACGACCAUGGUGUUCUACAGGAGUUUGGGAGAUUAGAGCAAUCUCGUAUUCUGUUUCGUUUCCUUGCAAUUUCUUUUGUUUCAGAUUCGCACUAGAAGAGACAGUCUUUCGUUCUAGGCUAGAGCAAUUUGAAAACGCAUCUGAUACUAGGCUUUCUAUCUUUGGCUUAUGGACAAGCAAUGUUUGUCAUGCGAUGAUUGACAUGUCGCAUUGAUUGAGUGACACUGACAGGUGUCUGUUCUAUUCAUGC